AAUGAAUAUGUGUUGGAAUCGAGAGGAUGUUACCGAUCAUGUGAUAUUUACCUAUUUAUAAUUAUCAGGAAUUUGACCUUUCCUGGGAGGGGAGAGAAAAACUAGGUCAGAUUUUUUUUAUGUACACGCCUUACACGGAAUAAGAGAUCUAGGUUUCUAGACUGUCGAUAGACUUGCCAGAGAAUGAAUAAAAUUCUUAAAGGCGUUAUUCGAUACAAUAAAAACAUCACCGAAAAGGCAAAGUUAGUUGCUGACAUAGACAAAGUUACUCGUCAAAUGGUACAGCCCAAGUCUGUGUUUGUCAGCUGUAUGGACUGCAGAGUGCUUCCUUCAAAGUUUCUGAGCUCAAAAAUUGGAGAAAUUUACUUUCUACGUAAUGCUGGCAACAUGGUCCCCCACUUUGAUGCCUACAAGUCUGGUAAAAUCAGCUCUGAGGGAGGCGGUCUCGAACUUGGCUGCAUCACAAACAAAAUUAGAAAUGUGGUUGUCUGUGGACACUCUGAUUGCAAGGCUGCCCAAGCACUUUUUGAAAUUCGUCACAACUGUGAUCAUCAGCACUUCCUGCUGGACUCACCGCUGAGAACUUGGGUGGCAUUACAUGGAUCAAGAACAGUUGAAAAGUUUUCAAAGAUCUACUCUGAAGAGAACCAGCUGAACGACUCGUAUCAUUUAAAGGAGCCUUUGCAUUUUACAGUGAAUCUAACUGGACAAGAUGUAGAUGCCAUCAUAGACCCUGAUAACCAAUUCAACAUUCAAGAUAAAUUUUCCCAGCUUCACUGCCUUGAACAAGCUAGCCAUGUGAAAACCUACCCCAUGCUCCACUCAUAUUUGUCUUCAGGUGAGCUUCACAUACAUGCCCUCUGGUUUGAUGUCUACACUGGGAAUGUUUACAUGUUUAGCGUAUCACAAAAAAAGUUUAUUUUAGUGGAUGACAACAGCUUUGACAUUCUUAUGCAAGAUGUAGGAGAAUCCCCUCCAUCAUUUUAGCUAGUAAAAACAGAUGCUUUGUUCUGUUUGGAUUUUAGACGAAACGGUUGAUCUGAUAUUUUUUUUUAAAGCAUACAACUUUUUUUUUUUUUUUAAGUUUUAAUCAUCAGUAAUAAUCAGUAUUUUAUAUUAGUUUUUUUUUUUUAUAACGUAAACAAAAUAUAUUUUAUCUCCUAAAACUUUUAACAAUUGUAAUUCCUACAUUCAUGUACCGGUAACUGAAAGUCCCAUUGCUGUUGUCUUUAAAAUUCUGAACUAUUUUACUGCAUUGAUAAAAUAUGUUGACAUUUCUAUUAGCACAAAAGGUUCUUAUCUUUAGCAUUUAAAUUUGUUUAUGAAAAUAAUAUGUUUUUAACUCUUUCUCUCCUAAUUGAUGAUGCCAACGUUGAUUUGACUCCCAUUAAACUGUUUUUUUGAUUUAUAAACUUAAAUUUGUUUUGUGUAAAAAAAAAGCAUACAUUCUCAUAUUUGAAUACCAAAAAUAAAAUAAAAAAGUUAUUGAAGUUGGUUGAAUCAACAGGAUAGUGAAAUACAAAUGAGCAAAACAAAUGAUACUAUCGGAACGAGAAAAAUAAUUACGGAGAGAGAGUUAAAUUUCUUUAUUUGUAAAAUGCAUGUUUUGAAAGAAAUUAAUUAAAUUUUUUUAAAUUUUAGCUAGUGAGUUUUCAGACACACAAUUUUUUUUCUUACUAAUGCAUUUUUUUUAAAGUUCCUGUAAACAGAAGAUGGAAAGGUAAAUUUUUAUGAACUAUUGUUUCAAAGUGUUUUUAUUAUCAGGUUUCUAAGAAAUACGAAUGUUUAUGGUUAUAUAGAAUUAAUUUAAAAUGUUGAGAAUUUAAACAGAAUGCAUUAUCUAAGGUUAUAGAAAAGUUUUUGAAUAAAUAAAGUUAUACUGGUGGUUUUGAAAUCAUGUAAAAUUUUAUAACACAUUGUUUGAUUUUGUUAAUAUAGUAAGUUUAUUAUAAUAUUUGAUUUCUACACAUUUUGUACAUUAUUUCUUAGUGAUUGUAGAUGAUGGCACAGAGUAGAAACAGAAUGGAACCAUGUUUGGAAUAUUGUUAAAUGCCAUAAAUAAAAUUCAUAAUUUAUGAUCAUAAAUGUUGUGCAGUGAAUUCCAGGCCUACCAUAAACAUGUGCCCCCCCCCCCCCCCCCAAAGUAGUUAAAAGUUUGUAGUUAAAUUAUACCUCAUCUUUUAAUGGGUUUCUGGUGGGAUUUCUCUGCCCAUCAAAAGUUAAUGGUCUCUACAUGACAUAUGUAUCAACAUAUUUAGUCUAUAACAGUGACUAAUACUUUCACUAUUACUGGCUUAAAGUAAAUGGUAAGACUUCAUCAAAAUAAUCAGUACAAUCCUAUUUUUUUUCAUAUGUAUAAGAAUGUCUAAGUGCAGUAAUUUGCUCUGGGAUUUCAACUUAUUUUGCUGGGGUCAAGGAAGAUUUUUAUUUUUUUCAACAAAUUGAAAUAUGACCAAUGCUGAAAAAAAAAAAAAUUUAUUUUGUAACUAUUUGUUUACUUUGAAUUUGAAUAAAACAAGAUAAAAAAAUGAUUUAUAAUUUAAAGUAAGAAGGAAUGCUUAGGUCAGGAUAUUGUAUUAUUUAAUGGGUCGUCUCUAUUAAGUUAACUAGUUUAAAUAUAAAUCAUGCAUUGAACUUUGAUUUGAAUCAGUUAAAAUAGCUAUCAUAGUAAGUAGUACAAAUAAUUUAUCCAGAUGAUAAAGAUAAAUUAGAUCGAACCAUGCAAACCUGUGUGGAAAUGUUAUUAUAAACUAAUCCAGUCUUUGAAAGCUUAUUUUAUUCAGCCCUUGAGAAUAAUGCUAUACAAGAAGUGUAUUUAUUUACUUUAAGGUUUUCCUUACACUCUUUUUUCUUUUAGUAAUAUUAAAACUAGUACUAGUAUGGUUCAGAUGUAGAGCAGAGUUGGUAGGCUUUGAUUUUUUUUUGUCUAUCAACACAAUUUUCCUGACUACAUUAGUCUUAUAGAAUUUUCUUUUUCAUUUUUUAUUAAAUAUGCAUUUUAAACAUUGACAAUAUAUUUAAUAUUACAAUGAAAAGGUGAAAAUGAUAGAUAUCAUAAGAUAUGUUUGUUUCAAUUCAGUAGGAGUUUUGAAUAUUACCAUUUUGUUAUUUGUGCUAAUAUGGGAUCUAAACAUUGUUUGACUUGAACUAGUUGGAAAUCUAAAAAAAAAAAUGGUAUCAGUAUUUUGUAAAAGUAAGAUUAAGAAAUCUUAGAAAUUUAAAAUUCAAACAAGUGUGUACAUUUUUCAAAAACUUAAAUACAUUUCAACUUGCAAAAUAGUCAAUUUUUAUCAUUUUGAUUUUGGAGGAAACACUCUUGAAAUAGAUAUAGAAUACAUUUAUUUUUAAAAUAGGCUGUAGUAUAUUUAUUUUAUUUUAAUUUUGACACUAUUUUUAAUGCAGUUUUUUUUUUCUAAUGGUUGUCUUUUUAAAUCUGCAAUGGGCAUCAAUGUUUUUUAAACUAAAUUUUUAUUUUUGUGAAAUAUCAGGUACAUUGAGAUUCAAUUCUGAGCCACAUUCUCAGAAAAAAACAACCAUGUAUAUAUUUUUGUAUACAUUCGUGAACUAAAGGGUUUAAAACUUAUACUUUCUGUUACUAAUGGUAAAGAAUACAUUGUGAUUAUAUUGCUCAAUGAUGAUAUUAAUUAAAAACUGUAUAUCUGUUUUGUCCAUGAUUAUUUUUCAUUUUUAUCCAAUAUGUAAAUUUUUUUAAAAAUAAUGUAACCAUUAAUUUCAAAGCUGAAUUUUGGAUUCAUUCCUAAUUGUAUACAGACUUAGUUGAGAUGAGUUUCUAUUUCUUUACCUAAUACUUUUUCUUGUUUGGAGCAAGCUGAAGUGAUUUCCCUUGCAUAUAAAGUUUUGUGUGUGUAUAAAUGUUCUAUUGCUAGUUAGCUAAAUGAUGGAGUUUUAAUGGUCUAGUUCAACUGAUUAUUUAUAUAUACAUAAUGUAUUUUAGACCUGAGGCAGCCUAAUAUCUAUUUUUUGUUAUUUUGUUAUAAUUUUUUAUUUAUUUUCAAAAUGACCUCAUUUUUUGUGUGCUUUCAAAUUUGAAUUGCUUCCCUUGCUCCUCCUUUAAAGAAUUAACCUUUAAUUAAUAUGAUGUUUCCUUGUGGUAGUGAUUUGACUUAUGAAAUAUUUAUUUUUAUAUGUAUCAUCCAAAUCUUACCUUUCAUGUCUAGAAAUUUAACCAUUUGUUUUAGCCUAGCUAAUAGCACAAUUGUUAGUCUAACAAACAUAUGUACAUUUAAAGAAAAACAAAAGAAGACAUUUAAUAUUGUUAUUGAAUGGAUAUAUUCUUGUAAAGUUGUCUCAUUUUAUUCACAUCCAAUAUCUCUUGAAUGUCAGUAUUCUUAGUGCAUUUAUUUUACCUCUUUCAAAGAAACAUUUGUAACAUCUUUUGUGAUAAUAUACUUUUCAGUUUUGCCAUUUCCAUUUAGCAUACAUAUUGCAUAAGUUUACAGACUUUAUCGUUUAUUUUGCAUGUAUUCAUUUCUUUCUGAUCUCCAUUGAGAUGUCCAUUAUAAAAAUCACAUUUUUUUUCGUCUGAUGUUCUGUUCAGUCCCAAUACUUUUCAUUGUUUCACCUAAACAUUACUAGAUCUAUAUAUUACUAGAUAUUACAUAUGUAGGACACUGUUGAUAAAAUGGUAAAGUAAAGCUGCUGAUCCAUAGGUCCAGUGUUUGAAUCCCUGUAGAGACUAAGAUAUAGCUAUGUUCUUUAUUCUUUAAUUUAUGAACUCUGUAGGGGAAAAGCUAUUUAUCAGUUCAGACACUUAACUGGCAUAUACUGUGAGUUCUUAUUAUCUAUUGCAUAUAAUCUUCUUAGUUUUAUCUAUAGAUACAAUCUGCUUAGCAUUAACUUUACAUCUAUCAUCAUUUUUCCUUUGCUUUCCUCAUGGAACAUAGGGCCUCAGUAAAAACACGCCACUCUCUAUGGUCUCUUGCUAGUUUUUCUAAUGGCACCCAGCUUUCUCCUGUCCUCUCAGCUUCAUCUAGUAUACUGCGUUUCCACAUUCUUUUUGGUCUUCCUCUGUGUCUGUUGCCCUGGGGUUUCCACUCUAAGGCCUAUCUAGCUCUGUUGUUGGUAUCUUUACUAAGGGUGUGACUAAUCUAUCUCCACUUUCUCUCUAAGAUCUACACCUCCAUAUUUCUCUGUCCACCCAUCUCCCACAGUUUGGUGUUUUUAUUUUGUCAUACCAGUGUAUUAAGACAUCUGUUGAUGAAGGUCAGUACUUUUUUUGUUGUUGCUUUAGUUGUUCUUCAUGUUUCAGUACUGAGUUGGACUGCCUUGACAUUAGAGAAAGAUUAUUUUAGUCUUGUUAGAGAUUUAGUGAGAUUUCCAGGUUGGUUUUAGGUGCGUAAAUGUCUGAUGCGCUAGAUUUAUAUGACCUGUUCCACCUGAUACUGACUACACAUCCAAGGUAUAUAAAACUAAUCUACUUGGUCUAUGGUCUGAGAAUUCAGUUCUGUCUCCAUUUUGUUUGUUGUUUACAUUAAGUACUUUUGUGUUUUGGUGGGUUUUUUCAAAGCCUUCUCUUUUUCGUACUUCACUUAAAGCUGUCUUUUUCUUGCAUAUCCUGUAGUCUGUGUUCUAAUAAGGCUAUGUCAUCUGAUCUUCCAGAUCUUCCAGCUUUUGUGUGAAAGUCUAUUGGAUUCCUUUCCCUGAAUUAGAUUAAGCUUCUUUUGUGACCCAAUCCAAUACUAGAAGGAACAGGUAUGGUGAAAGAAGACAUCCCUGUUUGACUCUGGAAAUUCCUCUGACAGUUUGCCACUAUGGGCUACUUGAGAGUUGAAACCAUUAUUAAAGUUUUUUUAUUAUUACUUUAUUUGGGAUCCUGAAAUUCUCAUUAGUGUCCAGAUAGAUUCUCUGUAGAUACUAUCAAAGAUUUUUUUCAAAGUCAACAAAUGUUGCAUAAAGAGCAGAUUGCCAUUCGACACAUUGUUCUACAAUCAUUCUGAGCGUUGCUAUUUCCCUUUUUCUCCUUUUUUCUGAAUCCAGCCUGUUCUUCCCUUAGGUGUUCAUCACAUGCUCCCUUUAAUCUGUUUAGUAGGAUUCUGCUAAAAAUCUUGCUUGAUAUUGACAAAGUGAUGCCACACCAAUUCUCACAUUGUGAUAGAUCACUCUUUGGUAGUUUUAUUAGCAAGCCCUUUUGGCACUCACCGGAAGAUGUAUCUAUUAACCAAAUUUGUUCAAUAAUUUGUGCAGUUGGUCAACUAUUUCACUUCCCCCCUCCUUUUAGGACUUCAGAUGGUAUGUUGUCAAUACCAGGUGCUUAAGUCUUCAUUAGUCUAACCUUUACAUCUAAUACUUGCAUAUAAUGUUAAGGCUUUAUCUAUAGAUACAAUCUGCUUAGCAUUAACUUUUUAUCUAUACUUACAGAUAAUCUUCUUAGCUUUGUUGAUAGAUAAAUCUGCUUAGUAAUAACUUUACAUAGAAAUAAAAAAUUCAAUGUUUUUUUUGUCUCAAGUAUAAAUAUACAUGCUCUGCCACUGACUAGUACUUGUAUAUUUCUGAAUAAACUCUUUGAACUCUUGUUCACAUUUGCCAUCACAUGAAACCGGUUAUUUUCUAAAUUUGUUCUCUUUUGUAAUGUUUUUGUUACUAGCAAUUUCUAUUUUGUUCUGUUGUUUAUAUCAAAUGUUGUUUCAGACAUAAUCAAUAGAAAUAAUUGAGAAUGUUAUGUUGUUUAUAGUGGAUGUUGUUUUAAAAUUUCUGUAAUCAUCCUUUUUAAAAAGUUGUUUUUUUUUUUUCUAUUCCAUUUUCAAUUUUGAUUUGGAUCAAAUUGAUAGUUAUGUAUGUUGGUUUAAAAAAACAUUGUUUUAAAAUGAUCAAAAUUUAAAUAUUGCUUAUUCUCUGAAUAGUGAUGUUGAUCCUAGAAGUUAGCCUUGUUUAACUUGGCCAGUACAUCGAAUGAAGUAAUGAGAUAUAAAUCACUUCUUUGAGAGAAACACAAAUCUUGAUGGUCUUAUUUAUUUCUUGUUCAGAUUUUGGUAUUCUAAAAAUUAGGUGCAUAAGUUCGUAAUAUCAGUUGUUAAAAAAAAAAUUAGUCUCAGUAGUCUUGGUCUCUACAACAGAUAAAUUGAAAUUCUUUUUUUUUU